CUCAGGUCAAUAUAGAAAGGUUAACGACCGUAACGAUUGUAAAGAAGUUUUUGUCACAGCCCUUCGAAACGUCAUUUAGAUUACAGCAUUUAUAUCCUUGAAUCACAUGAAAAUUGCCUAAUAGUGACAUCUAAUUGAAAGUUCACCAUGAGUGAACAUAGAGAGCGAGGAGAUGACUCUGGAAGUGAUAUUAGGGCAUCAAAUUGGGAGCAACAUUGUCUUGAUAUUUUGGAUGGUGAGCCGAAUUUGGACGACGAACGCCUCCCGCAAGAAAAUAAAAUCGCUUUCGAACAACUGUGGUAUUCAUUCCAGACCUGUGCGAGUGCUGUGACCCAACUGUACAAAGAUCGUCAUCACCAUAGUGAUUCAGGAAUUCAUUGGAUAAACUUUCAGAAUGCAGCAGCUGCUGUUACGGCCCUCCACAAAGAGAGUAUUGACAUGUACAAGAGGGGUAUGGACAUGGGCAUGCAGGCGGGUUACCAGCGACGCACCAGGGACAUAGUCGGCUGGGCUAAAAAGCGGAGAAGGCUAAUACGUAGAGAGGACCUAUUAUCGUACAUGUGUGGAAAGCCAGCACCCCUGCGCCACCGACCCUCUCAGGUGCCUCGUGCUUCCAUGGAGCGUUCCUCACCACGUCUACACUCACCACCUCAUGAGAGUAUUAACCAAUCAGAUGAUGGCUUACAGCCAUUCAGGGAUGCCUUAGCAUUGCAAGGUUUGAAUGGGGCAAUGGCAGAUGUACAGGUUGGCGUUUCUCAAUCCCCUCCACAUGGACGACGUCGCCAUGGUAACCUAUCAGAUUAUUUUUAUGAUGAACUUCUAUCCCCGAACCAACAAGAUAGUAGAAAACGAAGCAACUCAUCGAGUGAUGUACACAUGGAUUCACCAACACACAAACGAAAUCGUCUGCUAUGAAUCUGAAUGGGCAAGAUCUGUAGAAAACGCCAUUAGGAACACUAGAAUAAUAAAAUAAUUUUUUUUUUCCUUUUGUCAAUAAUUGUGAAAUUAUUCAAAUAUCCGUUUGUACAGUAAAGUUAACAUAAAAUUUAAGUUAACAAUGUCGUUGGAAACACAUUAAGGUAGAUGUGAGUGUCCGUGAAUAAUAUGUGAACAAAGAAAUCUGUGUUUUUUUUUCCUUUGGGAUAAGAAAAUAAUAAAAUAUUUUCAGAGAAUAUCUGAAUUUUGUGGUCAAAGUAUGUGUUGGCUUGCAAUGUCUACAGUAUGUAUUAUAAUAAUAUUAAUAGUUUCUAAACUAUGGCAUAUUAAUGUACCAUACCAGCUUAUGUACAGUAUUGCACCAGAAAUCUUGUUACAUAACUUUAGACUACAUACUUCAUUGUUGUACAUAUAUCAAAAGUCAUAAAGCAUUUUAUGAAUUUUCAUAAAUUUUACUAAUCUUUAAAAUGUUAUUUCCGUAACAUUUCUCAUAACCCCUUAUGUUUUGCUCUUUAUAUACAUAAGUAUUAGUUUAUUUCUUUUUUAAGAUUGAAUCGCUUGAUACAGUUGUAAAUAGCUUUAUAAAUUUUAUUUUAAUUUUUAUUAGGUAAUUUUAUUUAAAUUGGUAAUUUAUAUAAGAAAAGACUUAUUUACAAAGAGACAGUUAAGUAGAGAUCUAAUUCAUAACAUUGUAAAAUUAAGAAUUAAGGUAAUUCUCAGCAUGCUACACAGACAAUAUAAAGUAAAGUAGUAUUUUACUUAGAAAGCUUUACUUUACUUGUGUACCAAACUUGUAUCUAAAGCCUUGUUUGCUGUCGGAUAGGAAACUCCAGUCCCACAUCUGCACGAUAAAAGACACGUGAUUAAAACUGACCUGAAAAAAUGAGCGUAUUGCUGCUUGUUUUCAAUCCCUUUGUCAACAAAAGUUUUAAAAUGUAGGUAAUCGAUUAUUACAUUUUUUUCAAAUAAUAAUAGUGGUUGGUAUUCACGCUGUUUAUCAACAGCGACUUCCAGCGAUGACUCACACAGGUCAAACAACAGCUAAUUUGUAUAAAAGGUCGCGCCGGUGAUUUAUGUUAACACCACUGCAAUGCAGAGGUAACUGUGUGUAUCAUCGUGGUUACUGUUCCGUUAUGCGUAGUUACUAACUCUGUUUAUACGGUCAUUUAACACCUAUAUCAACGGAUAAUCGCGGUGAUCAUCUGCCGUGUAAACAAGGUUAUAGUCAACUAAAUAUAAAUCAAAAGUGAGUGACCAUGUCUAAAAAUCACGUAAAUAAUAAUAAUAAAAGUUAUUAUUGCACAAAUUGAAAACAAUGAUAUAAAAUGUCAUGACAUGUAUCUCCCUAAAUUGUAUAAUUGUACCUGUUGGUUAGACUAUGUACUGCUUAUGCACGUUAUUUGGGAUGGUGCAAUGUCCAAAGAUUAAACAAGAAGGGAGGGGUGAAGUGGGGAGGGUUGGAUUACUUGUGUCAUUGAAAAAGCACAGGAACUCAAGUGUUACAUUUCUGAUAGAUUUUCAUACAAACAGUAAUAAUUUCACCCUAUCCUGCUUUGGUAAUGUACUUUUGCACUCUAGAUAGGAGACAUUGUCUUUGUAAUCAGUAUUUACAAUCUUACAAUCAAUACUUAAUAAAAAUAAUGAAUAAAUAAUUCUUUAUUCUUGAUAGUAAUUCAUGUUCAAACAAUCUUAAGGUGCUUAACAAACUAAGAGAAACAAGGAAAGAUAAACCCUAAAGUGCAUAUAACCACACAAAGCAAUUAAUUUCCUUUUGACAUGGAAGUUUUCCCUUCUUAUUUCCUUAUUUUGACUACUGUGUAAUUGAAACCAAGUUAAUAACAAAAAAAGGUGUUUUUAAUUAAUUCUACCUGUAUAUUAUUUAUUGUAUUUGUCAGAUUUUGGAACUGUGUUCUUGGGAAAUCUUUUCUACAUUAUUCUAUUUAGAAUUUAACUUACAUUUUUGGGGAAUUAACUUGUAUAACAAUAACUUAUCGAUCUUCUGUACUUGUUUUAUGAGAGUUUUUUUUUCAAAGAGUAGGACCCCAUAAUAGAUGGAUUUGCAUUUCUUUUAUGCUUAUAAUUCCUAUGUGUCCUAAUUUUUCUGUAUUGUAAGGAAUACAACAAUAAUGAUUGUUACAAUAGGUUGUAUGCUAUAUGAAUGUAUACACCCAUCAGCUGAUUUUUGUUAAUUAGUUUUUAGACUUUUGUUUAUAUGAAUGAAAUAGUCAUUCUAUGUUUUUAUUUCGUAAUUGUAUGGGUAUUAGGCACCCAUACUAGGUUGUGUGUUACAUCCAAUCACAGAAUUAAACAGAGUGUUCUGGAUGUUUGUUUAAUUAUAUACACCAACUUUUGGGGUCAAAUGUAAUUGUAACAUUCUGUGAUUAUUAAUCUUUUAUGUUCAGUAAACAGUGGUAAUACACUAGAAGGGGUAAACUUAUUAAAUUCUAUAUCAUUUCCCUCUUCCGCCGUUUUAGAAAAUCCAUGCUAUUGUUUCAUUGUCAUGUGACCAAACUGAUAUUACUUUAUAAUACAAUAAAUAUAAUUUGAUAUCUGUAUAUUAUACAAAAAAGAACAUAGCGGAUAACAAUUUUGAAAUAGGAUAUUAAUGAGUGUGGCUGUGGUUUCAUCUACUGAGCUAGGCUAGUGGAAGUAAGAUUAAUUUUACUGCGGGUACAGUCAGUUAUGUGGUAAUAACAUUUACCUAGCGAAAAUAUACUGUUUUUGCACUGCCUUUUAUUUUGCAACUGUAAUUAAAUAACAUUUGGCAGUGUCAUUGGUGCUACAAAAUAUUUACAAUGUCAGUGUUGAAAAAUUCUUUGUGUGUGGUUCUAAAGCGCUAUUCAGACUAUCAAAUUAGUGACAAAAACAUGUGACGUGCCUGAAUAUGGUCACGAUGACAUCAAAUCAUGACUAUAUAUGGGCACGUCGCAAUUAUGUUUGGGCGUACACAAUUUUUUGUCAGAGAAAAUGUUGAUAGCGUGGACAGAGUUUUAUUAUUUGAAACAAGUGGUUAGAAAAGUUUUGCCUUUUUUAAGGUAUUAAGCUGUUCCGUUGUCGUAUGCCAUCAUGCUCAAACAUGGAGGAGGUAUGACAUCAUCUCAUGCCCAUAUAUCAUAGAUAUUUGUAACAGAGCUUCACUAACCAAUGUAUUAUUAUUUGCAAAAAGAUUUUUUUUUUUUUUUUUUU